ACAUAAUGUGGACUCUGGGAAUUAUUACAAUAACACUCAUCUCACACACGCUAUCUGUUGGUGAAGAUUAUUUGGGCUAUGGAAAUCAAGACCCCCAAUAUGAUGGCUGGAAUGACAAUGGUUUGUGGAAUUAUGGUCGCAGAAAUAACUCUUAUUCUCCUAUGGUUGCACAUCAGAAAUCUUUCCGGCAAUAUCCCAGUUUUCCACGACAGGGUUCAUUCUUUGGAGAUUUCUCUUUAAAUGGUGAGUGGGGCUAUUUUAGAUUAUGGAAGCAGCCUGAAUAUGCAGCUCAACACAAGUCUUAUGAGCCUCAAUAUCAUGGACAUAACUUUUUUGAAGAUUUUGCAAGAGCAUUCAAAGAAAUGUGUUGCCGAUUUGAAGACCGAUUUCUGAAGAACUUUGCCAAUUUUGGCAAUAAUUAUCAAGAAGGCAAAAGGAGUAAAUUGUUUCUUCUUGACCUUUCUUCACAGAUGUCUCCAGAUGAAUUAUCUCACAUUAAAGAGAGUCUUACUUUAAUGGUCGACAAUAUGUGUCUGCCAAAAAGCAGCACCCGUACAUUUGACCAUACUGUUGAUGUCCAUUCUUUAACGCUGAUCACGAACAAUGACAAUGUGAAGCAAUAUCACUCAGAAACAAAAAGCAUUGAACAACUUAAAGAAGCCAUCCAUAAGCUGAAUGGACAUGAUGGAGUCAGUUGUGUAACUUCUCUGUUGAAGAAAGCAUAUACUCACAUUGAUAAGUACACAGAUGGAUCCAAAACACGCAUUAAAUACGAUGUGCUUCUAAUAACAGAUGGCCGAUCAACAUGCCGUUCGUCGUACUACAGAGAGGCAUGGAAACUGCGCUCUGUUGCACACGUGUCUGUAUUAACAAUUAUUAAGAGGGAUCAGGUUACCAAUAAAAAGAUUAAAAUAACUGAUAUAGCUUCUGAUAGUUCUACAGAUAAUGUGUAUAGUUUCAGAAGCUGUAAUGAUUUCCUCGGUAUGAUGAAACACAUCAACACCUCUCCUUGCAAACGAUGUCCAGCAAUUUGAUUUCUGUAUGAAUAAUAUUCAAUGACCAAACAGAAUCGCAGCUACAAGGCUAAAACCACUUAUUUCUUUAUUGGAUAAUAAAAAGUUGACAAAAAUGCACACUAUAUAUAACAACAUACAAACAUGCAUGCAUAUAUACAUAUACAUGUAAA